GGUGUCAGAGGUUAUGUUCUGGGGUGACAGGUCAGGGUGUAGAGGGAUCUCCAUAGCAUAGGCUGAGCCUAGGAGAGGGGGGAGGUGCAGGGUUCCCUCUGGAGCUUGUUGCCCCGGUCCUGGAUCUCUAGCCCAACUUCAGUGCUGCCUGCUGAAAAUGCUCUAUUGGCACACACAGCCUGAACACUACAACCAGCACACCAGUGGAAGCUACCUGCGUGACGUCCUUGCUCUGCCAAUUUUUAAGCAAGAAGAGCCUCCCAUUUCGCCAGACACGGAUGCAAAGCUGCCCCCAUUCCAGUAUGUCUUGUGCACAGCUACAUCUCCUGCUAUUAAACUCCAUGAAGAGACCCUGACAUAUCUCAACCAAGGCCAAUCUUACGAAAUCCGUCUCCUUGACAACAGAAAAUUGGGAGAGUACCAAGAUCUGAAUAACAAAUAUCUCAAGAGCAUUAUAAGGGUGGUUUUCCACGACCGUCGUUUGCAGUAUACGGAACAUCAGCAGCUGGAAGGUUGGCGAUGGAACCGACCCGGGGAUCGUAUCCUUGACAUAGAUAUUCCCUUGUCGGUUGGCACUUUGGAUCCCCGAGCCAGCUCAACACAACUAAACACUAUAGAGUUCCUGUGGGAUCCAUCCAAACGAACAUCUGCUUUUAUUCAGGUACAUUGUAUCAGCACAGAGUUCACUCCCAGGAAACAUGGCGGAGAGAAGGGCGUUCCUUUCCGAAUUCAGAUUGAUACAUUUAAGCAAAAUGAGAAUGGAGAGUACACAGAACAUUUGCACUCAGCCAGCUGCCAGAUCAAGGUGUUCAAGCCUAAAGGAGCAGAUAGGAAACAGAAGACCGACCGAGAGAAAAUUGAGAAGAGAACUAUGCAGGAGAGAGAGAAAUACCAACCAUCCUACGAUACCACCAUCUUGAUCGAGUGUUCUCCGUGGCCAGAUCUGCCGUAUCAGUCAAAUUCAUCAUCGUCUCCCGGCUACAACAGCUCUCCAAACAGCUUCGGGAUUGGAGAAGGCAACUGUUCUCCAACCCCUCAGGUGGAACCUCCUGUUAGAAAUGAGUAUCUUGUGCCUUCUGCAUCCAUACAAGAUGUGCAACAGUGGCUGCAGCACAAUCGGUUUCCACAGUAUUGCAGACUUCUGUCUAGUUUCUCAGGUGCUGACUUAUUAAAGAUGUCUAAGGAGGAUUUUGUCCAAGUCUGUGGCCCUGCGGACGGGAUUCGGCUCUUUAAUGCAGUACGAGGAAGGAAUGUGAGGCCUAGGCUGACUAUUUAUGUGUGCCAUGAAACGGAACAAAACCGCACAGUCCUGCAGCACAAACGUGAGCUCAACAACACUUCUAAUAUGACUAUUUACCACGCCAUCUUCCUGGAAGAACUGACAUCUUUUGAGCUAAUUGAGAAGAUUGCCAACCUGUACAGCAUCUCCCCCCAACAGAUCAACCAGAUCUAUAAGCAGGGACCCACCGGGAUCCACGUGGUGGUCAGCACAGAGAUGGUUCAGAACUUCCAGGAUGAAUCUUGCUUUGUCAUCAGCACUCUAAAAGCUGAAAGUGGUUCUGGAUAUCACAUCAUUCUAAAAUGAAACGACUGAAUGGCACAAGAUUGUUUUGGACCAUCUUCAGUAGAGUAUUACACGACCAGUGAACAAAAAGGCCCUGUGUAACAUUUCUGUAGAAGCAUAGAAGAGGAAUUCUGAUUUUUUUUUUU